AUGUCAGCAUCAGUUAGUGCAUUUCGUUGGCUUGAUAUUCUUGAAAAAGAAUUUGAUAAAGCAUUUGUUAAUCUUGAUUUAUUACUUGGUGAAAUUGAUCAAGAUCAAUCGGACAUAACUGAUGAAGGUCGAGCAAAAAUGACAAUACUUAGUUCAAGUUUUGCUCAACUAGCACAUAAAGCACAAACUCUUUCACAAGCUAAUGCUAAAUUAGAAGCUCAAAUAAUUGAUAUUCGAACAGAAAUGAUUGAUGCUAAAGCUGAUCCACAAGGAUUAGAACAACAAGUCAAAGAUAUAAUGUUACAAUUACAUGCAUCACAAUUAGAAUGUCAAACAUUAAAAAAUCAAGGUGAAAUUGAUGGUGCUGAUGCAAUAAGAAAAAAAAUGGAAGAACAUAUAGCUAAACAACGUGAUGAAUUUAAACAAAAUCGAAUACCAGAAAUAAAAGCACAAGAACUUGAAAAAGAAAAUGCUAAACUUAGAGCACAAAUAAUUAAUCUUCAAUCAGAAAUUUAUGGUUCACGUUUAGCAGCAAAAUAUCUUGAUAAAGAAUUAGCCGGAAGAAUACAGCAAAUUCAAUUACUUGGUCGUGAUUUACGCGGAGCUGAUCAUGAAAAUUUAUGGAAUCAACUUGAAGCUGAAAUACAUUUACAUCGUCAUAAAACUGUUAUACGUGCAUGUCGUGGUCGAGAAAAAGUUAAUAAAAUUUUAACAGUGCCACCAGGACAUGAUUUUAAUACAUUGAAAAAACGUCAUGGUGUAGGAGAAAUACGUACAGUUCAACUUCAUAAAGAAGCUAACGAAGCAUUAGGAAUAUCAAUAACAGGUGGCAAAGAACAUGGUUUACCUAUUCUUAUAUCUGAAAUUCAUCAAAAUGGUCCAGCAUGGCGUAGUGGACAACUUUAUAUUGGUGAUUCAAUAUUAGCUGUUAAUCAACAAGAUUUACGUGAUGCUAAACAUAAAGAAGCUGUUCAAAUUUUAUCAUCUAUUAAAGGAGAUAUGACAUUAACAGUUGUUUUUGUUGCACCUGAUGAUAGUGAUGAUGAAGAUUUAACAAAUUGUGAUGUUGAAAAUCAUUUAAAAUAUAAAUUUAUUACUGAUGAAACUGAAGAUAAACAAACAAAAACUUCUUCAUCAAGUGAUAUAGAAUCAAUUCAUCGUAUUAAAGAUCUAUCUAUAUCAAAUGGUAAUCAAAGAAAAAAUAUUUUAGAACAAAUUGAUGGGACAGAUACAGCAAGUAUUGAUAGUUAUCAAAGAGAUGGUCCAUCUGUGAUUGAUAGAUAUAUUAAACAUACACAACAAUAUUUACCAGUUAAACGUACAGAUUCGAAAGAUUAA